AUGGGUUCUUUCACCGGCUAUGUUGUCAUCUACAUUCUCGGCGGCGUUACUUUUCUUCCACUCCUUGUCGCCCUGCUGUUCCUUCAUGCAUAUCUCACACUCAAACCAGCUGUGAACCAGGACGACUCGUUAUCAUCAACGACCGGCACCGCCGCGGCUACUAGGCUAUCUAAUCAGCAGCCCGGCAACAACAACACCCCCGAUAACAAUGGCAACGGCAUCAACAACGAGAAUAAAUCACACGCCGGACGACAGAGUUUGUUAACACGACCAAACGACGACCAGUUCAGCCUCAAGAGCGGCACCGAUGUCCUCGCCGAAAAAUUUCAGCGUGUCCACGAAUCGGAUGUUGCGGCGGGCUACUUUGCGGUCUGUCGUGAAUAUGUGCCCGGCGGUGUAAAUGGGAAACCACCUGAAAGGACGACGCCCGCUGGGGAGGUGGUAGGCACGGAAAGCCAAAGUCCGAGUGUGUAUCAGAGCAUGUAUCGGAGUAUCUUUGAGCGCAAGCCGGCUUCUGCGAGUAUUGAGCCUGGGAAUAAUGGGGGGAAGAAUUUCAGGAAGGCGAGGAAUGUGUUUUAUAUCGUUCUCAGACAUGGCCAUUUGAUGCUUUACGAUGACGAGCAGCAGAUUGAAGUCCGCCAUGUGAUUUCUUUGACACACCAUGACGUUACGAUAUACGGUGGUGGAGAGGAUAUCCCUGAAGGAGAGCUAUAUGCAAAGCGCAAUGCUAUUUGUCUAAGUCGAAGGGAAGAUUCAAUUGCCGAUCUACGAGGACUUACGCCGCCAUUCUAUCUGUUUUGUCAGAGUCAAUCUGCCAAGGAGGAUUUCUAUCAUGCGUUGUUGAAGAACCAGGAAAAGAUUCCGAACUCGCCUAAUUCUCCGCCAUCUCCCCAGUUGUAUGACGCCAAGGAUAUUGUCAAGCUGGUGCAGGAUCUUCACGCGUCCGAGGAUCAUCUGCAGACUCGAUGGAUCAAUGCAUUGAUUGGGAGACUGUUCCUGGCGAUGUACAAGACGCCAGAGAUGUACGAGUUUGUCCAGACAAAGAUCACAAAAAAGAUCUCACGAGUCCAGAAGCCGAACUUCAUAUCCAGUAUCGCUUUGCGGAAAAUAGAUAUGGGCCAAGGCGCCCCUUCAAUUACGAACCCACGACUAAAAGACUUGACGGUUGAUGGAGACUGUACCGUGGAGACUGAUGUGAACUACAGCGGCAACUUUCGUAUCGAGAUCUCAGCAACCGCUCGCAUAGACCUAGGUCCUCGAAUCAAGGCUAGAUCGGUCGAUCUUGUUCUUGCAGUUGUACUCAAAAGAUUGUCCGGCCAUAUGCUACUACGCUUCAAACCACCGCCCAGCAAUCGCAUCUGGUUCUGUUUUGCCACUAAACCCGAUAUGACCAUGACUAUCGAACCGAUUGUCAGUACUAGACAAAUCACGUACGGCAUUAUCCUCCGAGGUAUUGAAAGUCGGAUUCGCGAAGUGGUUGAAGAGACACUAGUGUUCCCUUACUGGGACGAUGUUCCAUUCUUAGAUACGGCGUCAUUUCCAUUCCGAGGUGGCGUUUGGCAACGCGAUAUCCCCAAGAAUCAAGAUGGAAUUGAGAUCCCUGAUGAGUCGGAGGCGCGUAAUGAAUCUGAAGAGACUGCAGAUGCUAUCCCGGUUGAUGCAUUAAAGACAAAGGAUGAGCGAAGCUGGAGUACGCCUGAUUUCAUCAAGUCCAAUCCUCCGUCUCUCAGGUCCAGUAAGAGCUUUAAAUCUAUGCCUGUCGACUCCUCGUUGGAUGAAGCUGCUGUUUCUUCAUCUGUAGACAAACGAAGCAAUGCAUUGCCAAUAGACACGAUCAGAACGCGGACAUUCUCGAACGUUGCAGAACCCGUCGUGACAGCUGAUCAUGGAAAAGCGGACAAGGCCGAGGGCGAUUCUCCCAAAGUUCACAGACGGAAUAGAUCAAAACGAGAUGCCGCAAGUUCAAUGAUCGAAAUCAAAACUCGCUCGCAAUCUAACUCGAUAUCAAGCACGCCGUAUGGAUCACCGCCAGAAGGAGAUCUUUUGGAGGGCGCUACAUUCGACGAACCAACAGAUUCGAUAUUCAACGAAACACUUUCAACCCACGAACGUGGGAAAUCAACGCGGCCUAGCUCCUCUAAUUCUGAGGCUAUGUCUAGCACUGUUUCUCUGGCUCCUUCGACAACUGCUAGCGACGGAAGCAAUUUCAAGGGGAUAUUCGAGAGCAAUCGGUCGUUCAGUUCGGCAUCUUCUGACAAACGAUCCACAACCAUCGCCGCCAUCGGGACUGCCACUGCAGCAGCUAAGAAAUGGGGUUGGAAUGUCUUGAACAAGGCCGACCAACGAAGACAACCAGGUGACACAGGUCCCAAACCCGGGACGCCGGAACACCCCAUCGGACGUGGAAGACCGCUUCCUCCUCCAGGAAUACCGCUGCCACCACCAGAGCGGAACAGUUUUAUGUCGAACUCGAUCAGCAUGCCCCGAAGGAAACCCGUUCCACCACUUCCGGGCCAACCGUUGGAAGAGAGAAAGGGGGAUAAACGACCGGUACCACCGCCCCCAUUGCCGAAACGAAAGACCGUACCUUUGAAGGACACCGAAAUCACCGGAUUCGCUGACGAAAUACUUGUUGUGGAAGCGCCUCCAGAUUCGGAACCAAAUAGUCCUGCGGUAGCAAUUACUCCACCUCAGCUGCCAAAGAUACCGAUGCCGGAAGAGACUGCCCAAGUUGAUAAUCAUAAUGAGACCAGCGACAAUAAUGUUGACGAAGAUGACGAUGCUCCUUGGGACUCGGGCUUUGAGCGAUUUUCUGGCUCUUCAGAAGAUAUCGACACCUCGUCAAUAGCAUCCAAGUCGAAGACUAAGCCCAGCAUGGCGGGUACAGAGACUAUCGACAAGUCCAACAAUAGCCGAACUCAAUCUCAGGAAGACCUUCUCUUAUAA